AUGCAUCAAAUCUUAAAAGAAAUGUUUGAAAUUCCUAAGAUUAAAGAGCUGACUAGAUUUUUCUUUCUACCUAAACGUGUUUAUCAAACAAAAUUCAAGAAUGGUUUGUUCCAUAAAUUUUUAUAUCUACAAAUUUAUUUUAACUUGAUGUACUUCACCCAGUUUCACAGAGAUGAAACAGAGAGGUUUCUCUUGAAAUUACCAAAUAAUUUGUCAAUCAGAAAAGUUAUUGAAAAAACAAACUUCACAGAAUUUGAUUUGAAAGGCAUACGGUUCACAAGUUUACGCCAACCAUUGGUAUCAACUGAUUCUACUGAACUGGCGUCUUUCCUGUUAUAUAAGAAAAGGGAUUUCCCUAUGCCACCAUCUACUGCUGUACACGUAAGCCCAUUAAUGUUUUGUAGACAGAAAAUUAUCGGACCAGGCAUUGAAGUUGAUCGAAACAAUUUUCGAAUAAUAGACAACAACAAUAAUAAAACUUUUUACUUGGGCGAAUUUGUUGUUGACUUUGAUAGACAGUUUCGAGUUUGUGUCGAGGAAAAACAAUUUGCAAGUGCCACAUUUGACUACGGUUAUGUAUUGGAAAUGUUUGCAACCAUUUUAAAUGUCAUCAGCAUCGUUUCUAUGAUGGUAAUUUUGAUUCUUUACAUGGUUGUUCCCGGACUGAGAACACUUCCGGGCCUGAACACCAUGAGUACAACAUUUUCUCUCCUAUGCAUGCAACUCACCUAUAUGUUUGCUAAUGCUGUCGAAAAAUCAUCUUUCUUUUGUACGGUAAUAGGUAUAUUGUUGCAUUAUUUCUGGUUGUCCCUAUGCUGUUGUCUCUUUACUUGUUCCUUACACAUGUGUCGGAGUUUUUCGGAUCGAAGAGGAUAUUCGCACAUUCAUACAAAUAUCAAGUUUAUUUUUGGUCGCUAUGUAAUUUACUGUUACAUUACGCCAAUUUUUAUAAUUACCACUAAUAUCAUUCUCACUUAUUACAUACAGAACAAAAUCGGGUACGGUACAACUUUGUGCUUUGUUGAGGAUUUCGUUCAAAAUCUGGCCACUUUUAUCGCACCUCUACUUAUUACAUGUGUGGUCAACAUCGUCAUGUUCACCAUAACCGUCAUCAACAUUAACAGUGUAAAACACAUAGAAAAGUCGAAGAAAGAUAAAUCCGAGCUCGUGAUAUUUCUGAAGUUGUUCAGUCUAACAGGGAUCGUUUGGAUAUUUCAAAUUGUAGAUGGUGUUUUAAACAUAUCGGCCUUUUCGUUUGUUGCAACUUUACUAACCUCUUCACAGGGUACUAUUAUUUUCCUGAGUUUUGCGAGUUCUUCAAGGAUAUUAAAGUAUCUUAGAUCAAAGCGGAAAAACAAAGGUAAAAAUGCAAUCACUGACAGCAAGCAAACCACACGAAAAGGGAGUGGUACUUCUCCUCUAGACCUCACAAAAAGCACUCGGGCGCAAGGCUCAAGUAUCACAAUAUGAUACUAGUAAAUAAUUCCCUCGUAAGACUCACUGAUUAAAAACGGAAUUUACAAAAAGAUGAAAGGUAUGUAAAUAUAAAAAGGUCUAUUUAAGGUAAAAUAUUUUCAAAAGCAUGUUUUUACUUUAUUUUUUUUGGUUGCGUAAUUCGGUUAGUUGCUUUUCGAACAUAAAAUCAGUUCUGGCUAAAUAAUCGUAAAUCUAUAUUGAAACAAAAACUGAACCGUUUAUGCUCUUAUUGUUGAUGUCAUUUUCUGUUGAAUGUUCGUAAAAUGUUGUAUUGUUGUCGUCAAAUUAUCAAACAAUAGAAUGCAUCUGUUGGACGUCGUUUGUUCGUCGGAUAGUUUGAUUUUGAAGUUAAGACUUCAUGCCCAUCUCGGGAACGACAAAGCAAAUUUCAAUAACGAUUUAUAGGCGAAGAAUGAUUUAAUAACUGAGGAGUCCUUUUAUUUAAAGGAAAUAUUUGUGUGAAAAGUGAAAUGGGAUUUUUAAAAUUCCCAGUAAUACCAACGGAUUUACCUCAAACUCUUUAUUUGUUA